AUGUUCUUCCCUAAACUCAUCCUCUCCGCUCUCGCCCUGGCAUCGGCAGCCCUAGCCAGCCCAGUCGAGCUCGCUGAGCGGCAGACUACGCCUCAAAAGCUUCGCAUCAUGCCCCUAGGCGACUCCAUAACCGAAAUCACCUGCUGGCGCGCCCUAGUCUGGGACCAACUCGCCGCCGCCAAUUUUUCGGGGUCCGUCCAAUACGUCGGCUCCCAAAACUCCAACACGCAGAACUGCAAGCCGGCCACGGGGGCCAACUGGGACCAGCACCACGAGGGGCAUUCGGGCUGGCUGGCCGUCGACAUUGCGAAUAAUUAUUUGGAAGGGUGGCUGAAGAAGACGCCUACUGACAUAGUUAUGUUCAUGUUGGGGACGAAUGAUGUGACGAGGGGGAAGAGUACUAGCGAGGUGAUGGCGGCGUAUGGGAAGAUGGUGGGGAUUAUGAGGGGGAGUAAUCCACGCAUAAAAAUCAUCAAAAAAAAACAGGUCGACCAAAUAAUCCCCCUCUCCUUCAACAACGCCGCCAUCCAGGCUAUCAACGCCCAGAUCCCCGCGUGGGCAGCGAAACUCAACACCACCGAGUCGCCGAUUGUUGUUGCGGAUUGUUAUACGGGCUUCAAGACGUCGGAUUUGAGGGAUGGAGUGCAUCCGAGUGCGAGCGGGGAUAAGAUCAUUGCUAGUCGGGUGGGGCCGUUGUUGUUGGAUUUGGUGAGGCAGUCACUGGGGAAGUAA